GGAGCGGCACGCCGCGCUGGAUCAACAACACACACACACACACACGCUGACGGACGCACGCACGGAGGCGCGCACACUACCGAAUCACAGACGCUCUCGUGUGUGUCUUUUUUUUUGUGUUGUUGUUGUUGUUGCAAAUAAUCAUCAUUAUAGCGAGUGAGAAAUAACCGAGGUUGUGGAGAAGGAAGAAGACGAAGAAGAAGUCACCUCUCUGCAGCCGGGAGGCUUUGAGGAAACGACAAAAGCGAGUCAUCAUGUGAAAGAACUUAUGUGGGAAGCGGACAAAAGGAGCUGGAAUACGAGCAGAAUAGAAAGUAAAAGGGACGCCCUCCCCGUGCUCCACCGAACCUGCCAAUCAUCUAUCUGACCUCGCAUCUUUCUGACUGAUAAGUGAUGUAGAUGUGUCCGCACGCUACUCGUGGAUAAAUGAUCACUAAUCACCCCCCGAAGAUGAAGGACAAAUCUGGCGUGAGCGGAAUGUCCGUGGAUGAGAAGCCUGAAGCCCCCAUGUAUGUGUAUGAGUCGACGGUUCAUUGUACCAAUAUCCUCCUCUGCCUCAACGACCAGCGGAAGCAGGAUAUCCUGUGCGAUGUGACUGUCCUGGUGGAGGGCAAGGAGUUCCGAGGGCACCGGGCCGUGCUGGCUGCCUGCAGCGAGUAUUUCCUCCAGGCACUGGUGGGCCAGGCGGAGAAUGGCUUGGUCGUUAGCCUUCCUGAAGAGGUCACUGCCAGGGGAUUCGCCCCAUUGUUGCAGUUUGCCUACACUGCUAAGCUGUUACUCAGCAGAGAAAACAUCCAGGAGGUCAUCCGCUGUGCCGAAUUCCUGCGCAUGCACAACCUCGAGGACUCAUGCUUUCGCUUCCUGGAAGCUCAGCUACGCAGUGAGGAGGACGGCUUGCUGCUUUGCCACAAGGUGGCGGCGGAGGCAAACAACUCAGAGGAUGAGAGCAUGCAGUCAGAGGCAGAAAGGCCCACCUCCCCCAGGGCACUGCAUUGUGCAGAUGCCAUCACCUCCUUUCGACGUCCCGACGACGAUCGGCUAGCAAUGGCUUUGCCCAGUAACUUCACGGAUGGCCGACUGGACUUUGAUCGACACGGAGCCUCAGAUCUGCCACGAUGCCCCAAGUACAGGAAAUACCAGUGGGCUUGCAACAAGCACAAUAAUGACACCUCCUCACACACCAGUACCUCAGGUUUUCCAAGCACAUUAAAGGAGAGCAGCGUUAGCGGGGCAGUGCCAGGUCAGGGCAGGCUGCCUUUGGCACAGAUCAAAGUUGAACCACAGGCAGAGGAAGAGGCCAUUUCAUUGUGCCUGUCAGGGGAUGAGCAGGACGUCAGGGAGAAGGACAGCGUGAUAGCCAUGGAGAUGGAUAACCCCAUAUCUGUGGAAAGAACCAAGAGAACCAAGUCCCCCACCUGCCUCCGAGCCUUCUUCAAGAAAGGGGCGGACCUCCCCAGUCUGCCCAACACAUCACAGCAGCUAUUCGCCAACAGACUUGUCUGCCCCCAGGACAAAGGAAACUCUCAGGGAGAUCAUAAAAAAGACUUCAGGCCUUUCACUGGGGAGCUGGGUCUGUCUGUUACAUCCCCAAAGGAGGUGGACGGUUUCCCUGCAGGGUUGUCCCUCAAAUCCGCUUCCUGCGAUGGGGUCUGCAAACAGGAAGUUGAGCUAGACCGCCGUAGUGUCAUAUUUUCCUCAGGAGCCUGCAACCGUCUGGGAACCCCAGCGCAUUCCUACCCUGGUGGGAACUCUUUGGAGAUGGAGCUCUCUGAGCACAUGACAAAGGGCCUGUGGGCUGGAGCUAGCCAGUCCCUCCCCACCUCCCAGACCUACUCUCCCAGCACCACUUCUUCUGAGCCCCCAGUCCUGUGCCGUCCACGGCCCAACACCAGCUGCCCAGUGCCAAUCAAAGUAUGCCCACGCUCACCGCCUUGUGAGACACGCACCAGGACUUCCAGCUCCUGCUCCUCAUACUCCUAUGCGGAGGAUGGCAGCGGAGGCUCCCCCUGCAGCCUGCCCCAGUUUGAGUUCUCCUCCUCUCCAUGCUCCAAUGUGGCACGCUGCCUCAAUGUGGACCAGCAGGAGCCAAGUGUGGGAGGGGAUGCCCUUUUUAACCAGGUGCGGCCCAAGAUCAAAUGUGAGCAGUCCUACGGCACCAACUCCAGUGAUGAGUCAGGCUCCUUCUCAGAGGGAGACAGCGAGUCCUGCCAUGUGCAGGAGCGAGGGCCAGAGGUGAAGCUUCCUUUCCCUGUAGAUCAAAUCACAAAUCUUCCACGGAAUGACUUCCAAAUGUUGGUAAAAAUGCACAAACUGACCUCGGAGCAGCUUGAGUUCAUCCAUGACGUGAGGCGGCGGAGUAAGAACCGCAUCGCGGCGCAGCGCUGCCGCAAGAGAAAGCUCGACUGCAUCCUGAACCUGGAGUGUGAGAUCAGAAAACUGGUGUGUGAGAAGGAGAAGUUGCUGACGGAGAGGAACCAGCUGAAGGCGUGCAUGGGCGAACUGUGGGAGAACUUCUCCUGUCUGUCGCAGGAGGUGUGCAGGGACGUCCAGCUGAGCCCCGAGCAGGUCCAGUCUUUACACCACUACUGCCCCGUGCUGCGGCCCGCCAACUCCACUGCCAGCAACAACGCUGCCCACGAGCCCAAGCCUGCCCUCAGCGCCCCCAGCACCACCACCACCACCACCACCACUGCCGCUGCCACCAGCAUCGACCUCACCACCCACUCCGGCUCGGCAACGCCGGAACCCAGCUUCCACGGGUCGCCAGGCCCCUCGGAGAGCGAGCCCGACUCGGCCGUCAGAAACGGGGCGGACAAAGAUACGGACGGCCAAGACUCCAGCUUGUACACAAAGUCAGGGCUGUCCGUGGAAAAAUCCAACCAGACGGUAACGGUGGAUUUUUGCCAGGAGAUGACUGACAAAUGUACAACUGACGAGCAGCCAAGGAAGGACUGUACUAAGUAGUGGUGGUUCUCUGUAUUGUUGUUUUUGGAUUUUUUGUUUGUUUGUUUGUUUGUUUUUUUAUUAUUUAAUUUUACUCUUCUGACAAACCCUCUCUCAGGGUUGUUGAGACGGUCAGCCUCUGCCAGUGUUCACUGAAAAACAAGCUUUGUUUGUAUUUAUGUCUUUUUGUGCUGUCUAUUUUUUUUUUCUUUUUGUUUUUUUUUUUUUGAACGGUUGACACUAAAGUUGUCUUAACAGCAGCAAUACUGUUCUCCAGGUAUUCUCCUAACCAUGACAGAGUGGGAACUUCUCACCAAACCCUUACAAUGGUGCUAUACUCGCCCCGGCAGCAAACCUCUACAGUGGAGACUCUGUUCUUCAUGUGUCACACAUCACACACUCGAAGUCAAACCUCAUCGGACCUAAACAGCAGCUCUCUUUGUCUCUCUGUGUACCAACAGUAUCUCUGUUCCUGCCUUUCUCUUUUC